AUGGACAGCCUUUCUUUUGAAGAAGUGAAAGUCAAGUGGGACGUUAUUUUUAAGGACCCUUUACUUUCCCUAAGCUCUUUACGUGAGAAAGGAUAUAAUGGAAAUAUUUGUUCUCAGGGUUUAAGAUCUAUUUGCUGGAAACUAUAUUUGGCUUACUUGCCAAGUUUAGACACCGCAACUUGGUCUCUUACUCUUAAUAAAGAACGACAGCAUUAUGCGGAUCUUCGCCAAAAGUAUAUUACAAGUCCAGCUACUGAUAACGAAAGUGAUAGUAACGCGACUGAUUUAAGCAUUAAUAAUCCAUUGUCUUUGGACCAAGCUAACCCUUGGCAAGAGUAUUUCAAAGAUACGGAGUUACGAAAAAUCAUUAAGCAGGAUGUGGAAAGAACAUUUCCAGAAAAUGAAUAUUUUCGUUCCACAUCUGCUCAAAAUCGACUACUCGAUAUUCUUUUCAUUUAUUGUAAAAUGAAUACCGAUGUGUCAUAUCGUCAAGGAAUGCACGAACUUUUGGCUCCAAUAUUAUGGGUUGUUGAUAAUGAAAGUUUGUCCAGUACAAAUGGAUACACAAUGGUGAAUGUUGAAGACGCUACAAUUAGACAAGCAUUGAGUGCAGAUUAUGUAGAACAUGAUACUUUUGCACUCUUUUCCUCGUUAAUGAAAUCUGCUAAAGUUUAUUACGAAUAUAAUGAUGAAGUGUUCAAUCGUAGACCUGUUAAGCGCGCGGGUCAAAGCUCAGAUGUUAAUUAUGCUCGUUUAAUAAAAGAAGUACAAGCGGAGGCUGCAAAAUUAACACCCGUGGUCAUGAAAUGUAAUAAAAUUCACGAUGAGUAUCUCAGAACAAUUGACCUUGAAUUAUAUAAUCAUUUGAAAGAUUUGGAAAUUGAACCUCAACUUUAUGGAAUACGUUGGAUAAGACUUCUCUUUGGACGCGAGUUUCCUUUAAAUCAGGUUUUAAUAUUAUGGGAUGGAAUGUUUGCAGAAGAUCCGACACUAAGAGUUGUCGACUUCGUAUGUGUGGCACUUAUGCUACGUAUUCGUGACGAGUUACUUGAAUCAGAUUAUGCAGGGUGUUUAAGCAUGUUAAUGCGCUUUCCUUCAAUAAAUGAUGUUGAAGUGCUCGUCCCGCAAGCGAUAUAUCUUCGUGAUCAUUUAUCAUCUGAAGGUGGUAAUUAUAUAAUUCAACAAAAUGCAAUCAGGUUACGAAAACCUACAAUUCCGAUUCAGAUUCCUGUCCAACGAGAACGAGAACCCAAUCAUAUUGAAGGUUUGGUACCUGAUGGAUUUGUUCAUGUGACUAAAAAUAGCGCCGUGAUACUCAAUAAAGCUAUUUUGUCGGCGGUAGGAGAAGUAAAAAAAAAUGUUCUUCGUCGCCCUGAUGGUCAAUAUGAUCAUAAAAAGCGUCAAAGUACGUCUGAUUUUCCGCAAAGAUAUGCACAUUCUUAUCAACAUACAGUACAUGAAACAGAAUCUCAUCAAAAUUCAGAAGAUAUUUUAAAACUUAAGGAACAAAAUCGACAAAUGGGAAUCGUAGUGCAAAGAAGUAUUAAUAUUCUUGAACAAGAAAUAUUGGUAAAAACAAAGUCUAAGGAAGAAGUUAAUGCGGUGGAUGCUGAUAAGAUUGAAAAGAAUUCAGAUGGAACGACAUCUCGCUCUUCAUUUGAAUAUAUCGCGGGUAACAACAACGAAGAACCUAACAUACCAACUUCAAAUGAGAUUUCGAUUCUUAAUGUUUUACACGGACUUAAGCACGUUAGGGAUGUACUUAAUGGGUCGGUUAAAGAAUUCAAUCCCCACAUUCUAGAAUUAACAAAUAACAAUGCAGAAGAUCAUGAUCAUUGGGAAGUCGUUGAUGAUGGUGUCAGUGUGGUGAGCAUGGCCGGGACGGAAGAUGAAACUGCAUCUGUAACUAAAGAGGUUCAAACAAAGCAAGAAAAGAUUGUACCCACUGUAAACGCAUCCAAAGCACCAAUUUCAGAAUCUACUCCUAAGAAAGAUGUUGAAACACCUCAAUCAUCAUCACCACCAUUUUCUUCAUUUUCAUCACCGCUCACAGACGAAACAUCGUCACAAUCUACAUCAUUACAACAAUCAAAUCCGUUAGCUGAUCAAAUUAAAAUAUCUGAUUCAGUUGACGAAAAACCGAAUUUAAUAUCAACCACGCAGUCUCGAUCAUCACCCAGAGGAGUAAAACCAACAUCAAUUUCAUUACCUAAAUCAAAGGUUAAAUUGAAUCAUGCGGAUAAGCGUAGUGUUGGUACACCAAAAUCAUCCAUUGCAUCUAAUUCAAAAUAUAGUUGGAUUGUUGAAGGUUGCACAGAAGAUGACGAUAAUUCACUAUUUAACCCAAAAAGAUCUAGUAACGUAGGUAUUAGUGGAUUAUCCAGCUAUUCUUCCGAACGUAUGAAUUAUGGAUACCUGGAUAGAUCAAUAGAGGACGAGGACCAAUUUAAGAAAUCAAACUUAACACAAAGGCGUUCAAAAAAUACUGAACGUAAUAGAAGUGAAAGCAUAGGAUCAGUAUCUUCAACGAAUAAUUUGAAAAAAGCUAAUAACAAUGUAACACCUGAGAUUCCCGUUGAAGAUCCUUUAGGUUCUAAGGAAGAAGUUAAUGCGGUGGAUGCUGAUAAGAUUGAAAAGAAUUCAGAUGGAACGACAUCUCGCUCUUCAUUUGAAUAUAUCGCGGGUAACAACAACGAAGAACCUAACAUACCAACUUCAAAUGAGAUUUCGAUUCUUAAUGUUUUACACGGACUUAAGCACGUUAGGGAUGUACUUAAUGGGUCGGUUAAAGAAUUCAAUCCCCACAUUCUAGAAUUAACAAAUAACAAUGCAGAAGAUCAUGAUCAUUGGGAAGUCGUUGAUGAUGGUGUCAGUGUGGUGAGCAUGGCCGGGACGGAAGAUGAAACUGCAUCUGUAACUAAAGAGGUUCAAACAAAGCAAGAAAAGAUUGUACCCACUGUAAACGCAUCCAAAGCACCAAUUUCAGAAUCUACUCCUAAGAAAGAUGUUGAAACACCUCAAUCAUCAUCACCACCAUUUUCUUCAUUUUCAUCACCGCUCACAGACGAAACAUCGUCACAAUCUACAUCAUUACAACAAUCAAAUCCGUUAGCUGAUCAAAUUAAAAUAUCUGAUUCAGUUGACGAAAAACCGAAUUUAAUAUCAACCACGCAGUCUCGAUCAUCACCCAGAGGAGUAAAACCAACAUCAAUUUCAUUACCUAAAUCAAAGGUUAAAUUGAAUCAUGCGGAUAAGCGUAGUGUUGGUACACCAAAAUCAUCCAUUGCAUCUAAUUCAAAAUAUAGUUGGAUUGUUGAAGGUUGCACAGAAGAUGACGAUAAUUCACUAUUUAACCCAAAAAGAUCUAGUAACGUAGGUAUUAGUGGAUUAUCCAGCUAUUCUUCCGAACGUAUGAAUUAUGGAUACCUGGAUAGAUCAAUAGAGGACGAGGACCAAUUUAAGAAAUCAAACUUAACACAAAGGCGUUCAAAAAAUACUGAACGUAAUAGAAGUGAAAGCAUAGGAUCAGUAUCUUCAACGAAUAAUUUGAAAAAAGCUAAUAACAAUGUAACACCUGAGAUUCCCGUUGAAGAUCCUUUAGGUGUUUUAUAA